AUGCCUACAUCAUCUACCAAUGUCGAUGCCUUCCCAUCCGCUCAAUCGAACGAUGAGACCACGCCUCUCUUGACCCACGUAGAUCCCACACCCAUAGAUGAGUCCGUCGAUCCUUCAGGGCAGCAAGAUUAUCUUGAAGAUGACGAUAACGACAAGAACAAACCACUACCCAAGGCGCAGAUCUUUCUUCUGUGUUAUGCCGUUUGCGCGGCGCCUAUUUCCUUCUUCUCCAUCUUUCCUUACAUCAACUUCAUGAUUGAGAGGGUAGGAGGUGUGGAUAAAGAGGAUGUUGGGUUUUACUCGGGAUUGAUCGAAAGUCUGUUCAGUGCCACGCAGAUGUGUGUCAUGAUUCUCUGGGGAAAGGCCUCUGAUCGAUAUGGAAGAAAACCCGUGCUAGUCAUCUCAUUGUUGGGGUUGACUGUCGCCACGGUUCUCUUUGGUCUAAGCAGAACCUUAUGGCAGAUGGCGCUAUUCAGGUGCCUGGGUGGGGUGUUUGCCGGAACAAUCGUCACUGUCCGAGCCAUGCUCUCCGAGAACAGUACCAAGCAUACGCAAGCACGAGCCUUCAGUUUCUUCGCUUUCGCUAGCAAUAUGGGGAUUUUUGUUGGCCCGCUGAUUGGUGGUGCACUCGAAAGCCCAGCGGACAAAUUCACAUCGACCUUCGGCAAGACGCAAUUCUGGCAUGAUUACCCUUACUCACUACCCAACAUCGUCGUAUCAGUUAUUGCCCUCUCUGCAGCGAUUACAACCAUGCUGUUUGUCAAGGAAACUUUGAAUAUCCACGGCGAUAGGAAGAAGACCGCAAAGUCUAACAUGUCUACAUGGGAGCUUAUCAAAUAUCCUGGCGUUAUGCGAGUACUUGUAGUAUAUAACUACGUGAUGCUCAUGGCAUUCACCUUCACGGCUGUCUUUCCAGUUGCCCAGUACACACCUAUUAGCAUGGGCGGUCUUGGCUUUACAACAGAGCUUAUUGCUGCGUGUACAGCACUAAAUGGAGCUUCUCAGGCAGCCUGGCUGCUUAUUGCAUUCCCUUUACUGCACAAGCGGAUAGGUACCGGUCGUGUGCUCUGGCUUUGUGCAUCAGCCUGGCCUGUUCUCUUUGUUGUCGGUCCGGUGUACAAUGUUCUACUUCGGUACGGGCAUACUGCCAUUUUCUGGGCUACCGGACCGCCCGUUAUAGUUCUCGCAAGUGGGGUUUCGAUGGCAUUUACUUGUGUUCAACUCGCACUUAACGACAUUUCUCCCUCACACGAGACUCUUGGGACGCUUAACGCUGUCGCACUUGCUGCUCAAAGCGGCAUUCGGUCCGUGGCUCCGGCUCUCGCAACUAGUGUCUAUGCCAUCGGCGUCAAGUAUCGUAUAUUUGGUGGUCAACUUUUCUGGCUUUGCCAAGUCAUUUUGGCAUUUGGCUUGUUUGGACUUCUGAAGCUGCUUCCUGCGAAGGCGAGAGGGGAUGUGAAGCCAAAGCAGUCGAACGGUAGUGCUUGA